GACUGUUGGACACUUACUGCCCGCAAUGUAGUCUAUCUUGAAGCCGCUUAAUUAUAGUAGUAAUAGUAGUAUGUAAGCGAACAGCUACCACUGCUUGGCUCUUAAAAGCUUUCAAGGCUCGUUUAAUCACCUUUUGCGACAGGCAAGGGAUACCGUGGCGGCAAUUUCAAGAUGCCCCGAUCCACAGGGCCCAAACCCCACCCUACGGGCCAGUGCCUUGACAGAAAAAUGCUAAAAUUUGCAAAUAUUUGCAAUAAUUUGCAGAUGUCUACGCGUGGCCCUUACCAUGCGGCCAACGCUCUUCUCAGAGUGCGGUUGUAUAAAAAAAAACAAGUUUUAGCUUUCAACGCGAACUUAAUAAUUAAAAUACGUCAAGAUGUACCUAAUUAUUAUUGGCAUUAGGUACAAUGAGGUUUACUAGAUUUAUAAACCACGCAAUGGAGACAUGCCACUGCGCCAGUUAGAGCGGAGAUGCAGACUUGGAAAACGUAGAGUUCAGCUGUAGUAAGGCGCGAUGCACAGCGACCAAUCACAGCGAUGCGCGGCGACCAAUCACAGCGAUGCGGAGAGGUGUGGUGGCGGGCGCGGCGCCCCAGCAUCUUCGGCGCGUGCGGCGCGAUAACAUCAUUACAGUGUCUGCUUAACCAAAGGACAGUUGCAUUCCGAUACAAUUUAAUUAAACUAUUGUUUCAUUAACCCAUUGACACAUUUUUAAAACCAAAUAAUGGCGGGACAGCAAUCAAGUUUCGAAAUUGUGAAUGAAAUUCCUAAAAAAGUGAAUAAAACCAGAAAAUCGCGCCCGGCGCGCGGGUUCGCGCCUAAAUUUGUAGUUUCAAAACAGAGUGCACGACAAAACGCUAGAAGACAGCUUAGUAGUGCCGGGAAACAUCUGUCGAAUUUGCCCAGAGUCCACGGCCACAACUCAAAGCUACCACGACUGGUAAAAGCAAACAAUGAAAAGCAACAACCAUUAUCCGAUGAGCCUGAGAUCGACGAGUUUGCCGGAGACGUAGAGGAGCCCGACAGCGCCGCGGACUCCGGCACCGACGUCGGACUCCUGGACGACAAUGACGGCCCGCAUGAUGGUGGUGGCGGGAUCCACAGUGGAUUCGGUGACGACGAGCGCAUCUCACCAGUGCCCGAGGUGCCGCCAAAAUUGGUAACAUACCAGUUAAACAAGAUCUCCGCUCAGGGCAUUUCGGACUUGGCGCUGUUCUCCGCCAACGUGAAUCAGCUACGCAACCUUCUAGAUUCUUCGAACACCCAUCCGUAUUACUACUUCAACUUGACCCUAAUCGCCGCUAGCAUUAUUCUGCAAAUCGCUGUGGGCGUUGGCAUCAUCAUGAACAACUUCUACAAAGUCAUUAAAAAGGACACAUACAAAGCGGGCAUUAUCAACGACAUGACCGUGGUGGGCGUUUACCUGAUCACCAUCCUGAAUGUGUUCAUCACGUCGUUCGGCAUGGCGACCUCGCUCUAGUGGCCGACUCGUGACCCACGACAUCUAGCGACUAUAAACUCAAACUUUAAGUCUUAAUUCUCUUUUACCACACUGCUAUUUUAUGUAUUGUAUCGCAAUUGUUGCUGAAAAAGUGCUCAUGGUUAGACAGUUGGAAGGGAAGAGACCACGAGGACGAAACCCAGAUUUCCAGUGCGUUGAAUGUUUCCAUUAAGGUG